GGGGAGAGAGACACUGCUGCUCCCUCAUCUCCUCUCUGGUCCAUCUGAGGGGCUCUAACAGCCCAGCAGGAGAUACCAAAUCUGGGAAGGAGCCUUACCACCUCCCCCUUUCUGUCUGCUGGAUCCCCUGGGCCAGGCACUGCGUGCUUAGGGCGUGUGUGUUUGCAAGUGUGUGUGUGUGCGAGAGGAACCAAGUCGGUCACACAGACAGCAGGAAAACGAGCCUAGACAGCAUCCAUCUACCAUCUACCACAUCAGAAGGAGAGGAGAGAGGGAGGAAGAAUAGAGUGGUAGAAUAAGAGACUGCUGGUGCUGUAGACGGAGGCAUGGAGGAGAGGUGUGUGUCAGCCAUGUGUGUGUGGAGCUGAGGCGUCAGUCACGGGUUCUGGCGGACGGACAGUCGGAGGGAAGGAGGACUGGAAUGUGGAUGUUGCCUGCCUGUCAGAGGGAAACGAUGCUGUGAGCUGGGGCUUAGCAGGCAGAUCUCUGUGUCUCUGUGUCUCUUUCUCUCCUCCCCGCAUACAGAGGAAAGAAACAUUAGCUGCUAGCUCCAUCUCUCCGCUGCUCUGCUCAGCCGACGCUCUAUCUCUCUCUCCCUCUCCUCUCACAUCCCUUCAUCUCUCUGCUCCAACCACAGUCUCCCUGGAAAUGAUCUCACACUGGAUGUUGCAGUCAGACACUGCUCUGCUCGCUGAAUAGCAUCGACUUGCACUAGGAAUUUACUAAUCAGAGCAAUGCGUCUGGUCCUUUGGAGAGCCAGUGGAUUUCACAGUGAUUCCCAUCCCCCACUCGGAUAUACAGAGUUGAAGUUUUGACACAAGCUCUUCUAAGCAGGCCUGUCAGAGUUGUGUGUCUGCCUGGGGGUUGACACUCCUUCCUCCCCACUCCUCCACCAACACCACCAACACCACCGCUGGCUCCUUCACCGCUGGCUCCUCCACCGCUGGCUCCUCAGUCCGAGCAGAGCUGCUCCACUGCAUCUUUAAUAGACGUCUCUCAAAGCAUUGCCUUCCAUGGUUUCUGCCCUGCUCCAGACUCUAUCAUCUUACAUCGUGAAGAUUUGCAAAGGAAUGUUUACAAAGAAAUUGGCGAAUCCCACAAAGAAGAAAGAGAGUAGCGACAAUAAAGAGCCCAAAUUGACCACCACUGAUUUGCGUGACCAAGGUAACCUGACGCCGACACUCUCCACCACUCUGAAAACCACAGUGAAAAAAAUCAGCAAAUGCUCUUCGGCGCGUAACAUCUCUCUUGAAUUAGACGACGGAAAAAACGACUGCUCCUCUCUCUCACCGACUUUCAGUUACCGUGUAGCGAUAGCGAACGGACUCCCGAAAAAUGCUCUUCUGCUGAACAAUAAUGAGAGUAUCUUCCAGGAGAUCCUCUCCAUCAAUAGCGAAUACUCUGACUCCCUGAGCGAGGCCAAACCUGUGCGUAGAUUCGAUGAGCAGAAAUCUCACACCAUGCCAGUGAGACGGAACAGGAAGAGCCUCAUUAGUCUGGCGCCCUCCGAUGGCAGCUCAGAGGGUGAGAGGGUGGAGCGCUCAAGUCUGCACACUCUCCGACUUGGAGCGCUACGCAAGCUGAGGAAAUGGAAAAAGAGUCAGGAGUGCGUGUCUUCGGACUCCGAGGUGAGCAACUGGAGGAAGACCCUGGGUAUCCGGAGCAAGUCCCUGGACCGGGCUGGGAGGCAGCAGAAGUCGACCUCUGCCUUAGAAGCCGGCUCCAGCUCUACAGGCUGCAUCAACCAAACCCAGGAUGUGAUGGAGAUGAUCUUUAAGGAGCUGCAGGGCAUCAGCCAGAUCGAGACAGAGCUUUCAGAGCUCAGGGGACACGUCAAUGCCCUGAAGAACUCCAUCGACGAGAUCUCCUCCAGUGUGGAGGUGGUGCAGACCGAGAUCGAACAACUGCGUACUGGCUUUGUCCAGUCCCGGAGAGAGACACGAGACAUCCACGACUACAUCAAGCAGGUCAGCCACCAGGCCAACAAGGCCAGUCUGAGGUUCAUAAACGUCCCUGAGGAGAAGCUGGAGAAAACUGAGAGUCUCAUCUAUCACAUUCUAAAGGACAAAAUGGGAUUUGCUGAAGCACAUAAAACACUUAAAAUAGAGCUAGCCCAUCGGUUAGGGCAACAAAGAGAAUGUUCCAAUGCAAAACCUAGGCCUAUUAUUGUAAUAUUCUCAACCCCCUCAGAUAGAGAUUUAGUUUUGAAAAAAUGCUACAAACUGAAGGGGACUGGUAUAUCUGUAUCCACUGAUAGCUUAACGACUCAUGUGAAGGAAAAUAAAAAUAAAGGAGAAAUGUCCUCUUCUCAAACCUAUGAGAGCAUGGACAUUAAGGUCUCAGCCAAGGACAAAGCUGAGAGUGAUGACUGGGACUCUAUGGACAGUGACAAGGAGCUAGACGAACUAAACAGGAACAAAUAUGCAAUGGUGGUGUCUAAGCCUGUUCACAAACAUAAAGCAGAUAAAAAGAGGCACGGUCACCAUGAGCACGGUAGCCGGUCUGCGGAUGAGGCAGGCUACUCUGCCUCAGUUCACUACGCUGAUGACUCCUAUGAUGAGUCUGACAAAGCCUCCAAGCCCUACUAUGGGGACCUCACCCCCGGCUGGCUUUCUCAGAGCGACUACUCCACACCCAAGCUCAGCCGCUCCGAGUCUGACUGCUCCAAGCUCUGCCAGUCCUACUCUGAAGACUUCUCAGAGAGCCAGUACUUCAGCCGGCCCAAUGGCAGCUCUCUACUAUCCUCCUCAGACCAGGAGCUGUGGCAGAGGAAGCAGGAGGACAUGGCGUCAUCGUGGUACGCCAGCCAGACCCUCAGCCAGGAGAACCCUCCGUACACCGAACCCAACGAGGCCGAGACCACAGAGACCAUCGACAGUGGGGUGAGCAAUGGGCUGGUCUGCAUGUCUGGGGAUAGGAGCCAUUACAGCGGCUCACAGCUGUCUCUGCAGGGAGACCUCUCCCCAUGGAAGGACUGGCCUCACCUGGAGCAGGGAGCAGACUCCGGGCUGGACGCUUCCACAGAGCAGAACUUGGUGUCUGAGGUCAGCAGCCCCUUUGACCCAGCUGCCAUCCCUGGCUUCCCUGAGAACAUCACCAAGUGUCAGGAGGUGGACCUGGCAUUUGAAGGGGAGGAGACUUUCAUGUUGGAUAUGGUGGAAAGCACCCUGUUGGACACCGCCUCCCUGGAGAUCACCAAACAGGAGAGUGCCCGGCUGGGUAGUGCUCCCCCCACUACUCUUUAUACAGCCCCUAUCAUAGCGAAAGAAACUGUUGUAACACCACCUGUCCAUAAGCCUAAAGCUAAAGAGACUGCUAAAACACUUCCUAAAGAAACUUCUAAAGCAGCUCCUAAAGCUAAAACACCUCCUAAAGAGUUAGCUAAAACUGUUCCUAAAGAGGUUGCUAAAGCUAUUCCUAAAGAGGUUACUAACACUAUUCCUAUAGAGGUUGCUAAAAUUAUUCCUACAGAGGUUGCCAAAACACCCAAAGAGGUUGCUAAAACUAUUCCUAAAGAGGUUGCUAAAAUUAUUCCUAAAGAGGUUGCCAAAACACCUAAAGAGGUUGCUAAAACUAUUCCUAAAGAGGUUGCUAAACCUAUUCCUAAAGAGGUUGCUAAAACUAUUCCUAAAGAAGUUUCUAAUACUCUUUAUAAAGUGACUUCUAAACCGGCAAAAGAGGUUGCUAAAUCAAUUGCUGAAGAGGCUGCUAAAACUAUUAAACUAAGAGAAACAGCCAAAAUGAUUCCUAAAGAGAAUGUUAAAACACCUCCUAAAGAAAUUGUUAAAGCUAUUCAUACAGAGGCUCCUAAAACACCUCUGAAAGACACUCCCAAAACAAGUCCAAAAGAAACUCCCAAAACAAGUCCAAAAGACACUCCCAAAACAAGUCCAAAAGACACUCCCAAAACAAGUCCAAAAGAGGCUGUGAAAAUACUUCCCAAAGACACUCCUAAAACAAGUCCAAAAGAGACUGUGAAAACACCUCCCAAAGACACUUCUAAAACUCGUCCAAAAGAGACACCUAAAAUGGUUCCUAAAGGGGCAUCUAACACACUUCCUAAAAUGGCAGCUAAAGAAGCCCCUGAACUAUCCACCCAAACAUUCCCUGAGCUUGAUGUCAAACACAGCUUCCAACCGAGCCAGACCAAGUCCUCUACCAUGUACCGUAGCCAGAGCGAGAUCCGGUCCGAGAAUGUUGUAGAGGAGGUGCCCAAGUCCUGGAGCAGCCGUCUCAGUAUCGACCUCACCGACAAAGCUCCGUCCUUUAGCUUUGGGUUCGGCUCUACCCUGAAGAAGGCAAAAUCAGCCCUGGAGGUGGUGUGGAAGUCAGGCCCUCCACCUAGUGCCGCUCCCCCGGAGCCACCCCCAGACUCAGGAUCCUUCAUGGGCCGCUUCCGCACACUGUCCACAUCCACGGCCAACGACUCCAGCACCACCAUUGACUCAGACGUCUACACAGAUUCCUUAGUCUACAAGGCUGAAGAUGAAGACGAGGCUGCCGCUGGUGACCAGCUGGAGGACAAUGAGACCGCCUAUGUCGGGGUGAUGGAGCAGGUCCUGGCCAACCUGGAGAACCGGUCCAACGCCAAUGACACAGAAGAGACAGAGGAGUUUGAGGAGCCCAUACUGGAUUAUGAUCCUGAUGCCUCUCAGGAUUAUGUCUCUGAAGACUAUGAGGCUACCACCCAGGAUUACGAGGACUCUGAUGAAGUUGAGGCCACCCAGGAGGCUGCAGUCGUUCUGGAGUAUGACUGUAGUCUGGACGAGCAGUACGACGAGGAGUACAGUGAGGAUUACGUUGAUGAUGUCAUGACGGGGGACACGGCAGAGGACACAGCAGAGUAUGAGGCCAUGGUGGAGUAUGUCGAGGUGGAGGAGCCUGACGAGGAGGAAGAAGAGGAGGAGGAGGAGGAGGAAGAGGAGUUAAUGGAGGACAUGGAAGAGGGGGAUGAGAUGGAGGAGACCUCCGAAGCGUCUGCGUCGGAGAGGACGGAAAACCUAGAGGAUGAGAACAAAAACAUUCCGGAGAAGGAGGAGAUGCCUGCAGAGGCUCCGCCCAAAAAGCGCAUCCGUCCUACGUUUAAGGAGGCUGCGCUGAGGGCCUACAGGAAGCAGAUGGAUGAGCUUCAGCAACAGAUCCUGGCUGGAGAAAAACCUCCACCACACAACAAGCCUCUCAAUGUGCUGGAUCCCAAAGUACUGGGCCUACAGGCUGUCGGAGGAGCUGGCUGCAUUCUUUAUGGCAUUGACAGCAUGCCAGAUUUACGCCGCAAGAGGACCUUACCUAUUGUCCGAGACCUGGCUAUGACUCUCGCUGCUCGAAAGGCAGGCAUCUCGUUCGCCCUGGUGACUAGAUCGACCCUGAACAACGAGGACCUGAAACUGCAUGUGUUUAGGAAGACGUUGCAGGCGUUGAUCUAUCCCAUCUCGUCUACGACGCCUCAUAACUUUGAGGUGUGGACGGCCACCGCCCCAACCUACUGCCACGAGUGUGAGGGCCUGCUGUGGGGCAUCGCCAGGCAGGGUAUGCGCUGCUCUGAGUGUGGUGUCAAAUGCCACGAGAAGUGUCAGGAUCUACUCAACGCCGACUGUCUGCAGAGUAAGGAAAUACACUCACACACACACAGACUCACUCCCAGAAACACAGGUGAUUGCUGGACUGGAACAAGUCUUACUGUUUUUAUUUUUGUCCCCCCCGCCCUCUCUCCAGUGAUGUGUGCCCAGGGUCUGCAGGCCAAGGAUAAGACAGGUUCCAGUGACCCCUAUGUGACUGUCCAGGUAGGGAAGACCAAACGGCGUACAAAGACCAUCUUUGGGAACCUCAACCCUGUCUGGGACGAGAAGUUCUUCUUUGAGUGUCACAACGCUACAGACCGGAUCAAGGUGCGUGUGUGGGAUGAGGAUGAUGACAUCAAGUCUCGCAUGAAACAACACUUCAAACGAGAGUCGGACGACUUCCUGGGUCAGACCAUCAUCGAGGUCCGCAUGCUCAGCGGGGAGAUGGAUGUGUGGUACAACCUGGAUAAGAGAACUGAUAAGUCGAUGGUGUCGGGAGCCAUCAGAUUGAAGCUCAACGUGGAGAUGAAGGGAGAGGAGAAAGUAGCUCCGCCCCACGGCCAGUACACCUGUUUACAUGAGAACCUGUUCCACCACCUGACGGAGGUAAAGAACAGUGGAGCGGUGAAGAUCCCAGAGGUGAAAGGAGAGGAGGCGUGGAAGGUCUACUAUGACGACGUGUCCCAGGAGAUAGUGGACGAGUUCGCCAUGAGAUACGGAGUAGAGUCCAUCUACCAGGCCAUGACGCAUUUCUCCUGUCUGUCCUCUAAGUACAUGUGUCCGGGGGUCCCAGCGGUGAUGAGUAACCUGCUAGCCAACAUCAACGCCUACUUUGCCCACACCACCACCGUCUCAACCAACAUCUCUGCCUCCGACCGCUUCGCUGCAUCCAACUUUGGGAGAGAGAAAUUUGUCAAACUUCUAGAUCAGCUGCACAACUCUCUGAGGAUUGAUCUGUCCAAGUACCGGGAUAAUUUCCCAGCUGGUAACCCAGAGCGUCUCCAGGACCUGAAGUCUACUGUGGACCUUCUCACCAGCAUCACCUUCUUCAGGAUGAAGGUACAGGAGCUACAGAGUCCUCCCAGAGCCAGUAUGGUGGUGAAGGACUGUGUCAGAGCCUGUCUGGACUCAACAUACAAAUACAUCUUUGACAACUGUCAUGAACUCUACAACCAGCUACUAGACCAGGCCCGUAAGCAGAAUCUUCCCCGGGAGGAGCAGGGUCCGUCUAUAAAGAACCUGGACUUCUGGCCCAAGCUCAUCACUCUCAUGGUGUCUGUGAUCGACGAGGACCGCACCGCCUACACCCCUGUCAUCAACCAAUUUCCCCAAGAGCUGAAUAUGGGGAAGGUCAGCGCUGAGUUCAUAUGGAACCUGUUUGCCCUGGACAUGAAAUACGCCAUGGAAGAGCACGAUAAGCACCGUCUAUGCAAGAGCACAGAGUACAUGAACCUUCACUUUAAAGUCAAGUGGUUCCACAACGAGUACGUCCGUGAACUGGCUGCCUUCAAGGACACACCCCCUGAGUAUUCUCUGUGGUUCGAGCCGUUUGUCAUUCAGUGGCUGUCGGAGAAUGAGGAUGUUGCCAUGGACUUCCUACACGGAGCUCUGGGGAGCGACAAGAAGCUUGGCUUCCAGCCAACGUCGGAACAUGUCCUGUUCUCCUGUUCGGUGGUGGAUGUGUUCACUCAGCUCAACCAGAGUUUUGAGAUCAUUAAGAAGCUGGAGUGCCCCAACCCACAGGCCCUGGCUCACUUCAUGUGCCGCUUUGCUAAGACCAUCAACAAGGUUCUGUUGCAGUAUGCUGCAAUCAUAACCAAGGAUUUUGGCUUGUAUCUGAACCAGGAGAAAGUGCCCUGCAUCCUCAUCAACAACAUCCAACAGCUCAGAGUUCAGCUGGAGAAGAUGUUUGAGUCCAUGGGAGGCAAACAGCUGGAUGCUGAGGCCAGUGAACUACUGAAAGAACUGCAGAACAAACUCAACACCGUGCUGGAUGAGCUCAGUGCAGUCUUCGGCUCCAGUUUCAAACCGGUGAUUGAGGACUGUGUAAAGCAGAUGAACCAGGAAUUAGUUCAGAUGAAGGGGAGUGCUGCAGGGAAGAGCAACGCUGCCAUGGAUGCUGAGACUGUCCUCAGACCACUCAUGGACCUCCUGGAUAAAAAUUUGAUUUUAUUUGCAAAGAUCUGUGAGAAGACGGUGUUGAAACGAGUCCUGAAGGAACUGUGGAAGAUCGUCCUCAUCACUAUUGAGAGAAUGAUAGUCUUACCACCUCUCAACGACCAGAAUCAAGGAGCCCAGAUGAUUUUCAGUGCUGCCAAAGACCUGGGACAGCUAUCCAAACUCAAGUCUUACAGUAGUGUUGUGUUGUGUUGUUGUUCUGCAGGUCAGUCUACCAAUGGCUCCAUGGGGGAGGUGUCUAUCUAUCUCUCCUUUUCUCUCUCUCUCUCUCUGACGGUAGUGUUGUAUUGUUGGUCUGCAGGUCAGUCUACCGACAGCUCCGUGGGGGAGGUGACCAUGCAGGUGGAUCUCAUCUCUCACCCUGGCACUGGAGAGCACAAAGUAAACGUGAAGGUGGUGGGGGUCAACAACCUAAGCUGGCAGACCAAUGCCAUGUUCCGACCGUUCGUGGAGGUGAAUGCGGUCGGGCCGCACCUCGCCGACAAGAAACGCAAGUUCACCACCAAGACCAAGAACAACAAUUGGUCACCAAAGUACAACGAAACAUUCCAAUAUGUUCUGAGCAAUGAGUACGGUCCAGAGUGCUACGAGCUGCACGUCUCAGUGAAGGACUACUGCUUCGCCAGAGAGGACCGUAUCAUCGGCAUGGCGGUCCUCCAGCUCAGAGACCUGGCCGACCAGGGGAGCUGCUGUGCCUGCUACCCCCUGGUGAAGAGCAUCUCCAUGGACGACACCGGACUCACCAUCAUGAGGAUACUCUCUCAAAGGACCAACGACGAAGUGGCCAAAGAGUUUUGUCGUCUCAAGACCGACGUACGCUCUUCAGAGGAGGUGGCCUCCUAGUAUGGAGAUGUGAGGGAGGAAGGGAUGGAAUGAAUGGAUGAUUGCAUGGAAGGGAAGAGAGGAGGGGAAGAGUGGGAAGGAAGGAAGGAAGGAAGGAAGGAAGGAAGGAAGGAAGGAAGGAAGGAAGGAAGGAAGGAAGGAAGGAAGGAAGGAAGGAAGGAAGGAAGGAAGGAAGGAAGGAAGGAAGGAAGGAAGGAAGGAAGGAAGGAAGGAAGGAAAGAAGGAAGGAAAGAAGUUGAGGAGUUGUGUUGUCUGUUUUUGUGCAUGUGCGUAAAACAUCUGUUGGAAUGUUCAUUUUAAACUACAGUAUGUACCAGUGUUUACUUACCGUAUGCUCAAUAUUAAGUACUAUAUUCUACGAGUUAUGUUAACGAGACAUGAAAUACCUUUUUGUAGAACAUUUAGAUUUGUUCCAAUAAAGUGCCAAACCAGAGGAAAAAUAGUACAACAACAAAACAAACAACAAAAGAUAAUAGUGAUGAAUUAUGGUGAUACUUAAUGUUUGAUGAAAAAUUUGCUUGAUUAUUUGGUUCAGUGUAAAAUCAUUCUCUCAAAAAAACGGUGGCGUUUUAAUUGUUAAAAAUCGUCCAUUUGCACCCUCGUUUUGUUACUCGUCCCCUCACACAGCACUUGUUGUGCAUGUCUCGUUUACAACCAUGUCUCUUCCAUCAUCUCACAGUGACCACAGGGUCGGGGUCCAUGUACCCUGGCCCUAAAACUCUUUGUAUUUAAGCCGAAACCUGAAAAGAGACCAUUUUUUUAACGGCGUUGACUGCUAUGUAAACCUUCAUAGGUGUUUGUAAUUUUAUAACCAUGACAACAACGAAAAGCCUCCAGUGCUGUCAGUCUACACAGAAAGGGUGGAUCCUAUCUCCUCUUUUUCUUUUUGCCUGUAAUCUUUCCGUUCGGCCAUCGGCUUCCAGCCUUUCUGUACGACCACUGUGAACACGAGCUUUGGAAGGCAAGCCUAGAUAACAUUGCUGACGGUUUGAUAUUGUUGUUUCAUAUUUAUUAAAAUAACUUUGUUCCUGAGAAACUGCCAAAGUUAUAUAAAAAUGUUUGUACAAAAGCAAUCCAUUACAUGUAUGAAAAAUAUAUAUGUACAUGUGAACUAUUUACUUUUACAAUGCUAAAUAUCUGAUUGUUGAUGGGCGGUUCUAGAACUAUUGUUUUUAGUUUGUGUGAAGCUUUGAGAGUCACAAAAUGUUACUUUACACAUGAGUUGAAUUCAGCUUCUGCCAUUUGGUUUAUUUUUCUUCAUAAAGGAAAGAGUCUAACAUUGGGUAAAUAUGCAACAUUCCUAUGUAUUGCACUGAUGGCGAAUUGUAUGUCAUGUAAAUAUAUUUAGUGAGAAAUUGUACAAAACAACCGUCUCCUUUAUUUCCAACACAUUGUUCAAAGUGUUUUGUUGUUGUUGAGUGAUCUGAUACAUUCAUUCAGUGAUAUAAUCCUAUAUGCUGUAGCCUCUAUAUACAGUAUCUAUUGCCAGAAGAAAUGUCACGUCUCAAAUGGAAUGACAGAGUAAUGUACCGUAUGUCCCACAGAGAUCCUAUAAAUCACUAGAGUUCUACUUCAUUCUAUUGUAUGAACCUUCCCACAUAAAGAUGCAAUCUGUAACUUCAUUGUCCCCUGUGGCCCUGGGCUCAAAUGAAACCCACCCAGUAAUCAACUCUAACCUUUCCUACCCCUCUCCUGGGGGUCCACCAGACAGUGCUCAUUUUCGCGCUAGCCCUGACGUUCCAAGGCUGAGAAUACUUUAACACUAAUCAGUAGAGGACAUUUUCAAUGCCCCUUUUGAAGCUCAGAGUCAGAAUGAAAUUACUCACAGGUCCUGUUCAGACUGGGUGUGUCAAAAAAAGGUAGUAAUUUAAUUGGUUCUACCCAGCGGAUCAAGGUGCGUGUCCUUGGCUUAUGGGCCCUGGUCAAAUGUAGUGCACUAUAUUGUAAAUAUGGUGCCAUUUGAGAAGCUAACCAAUAGAGAACACCCACCAUGGACUAUCCUUCUGCAUGGGCUAUCCUUCUGCAUGGACUAUCCUUCUGCAUGGGCUAUCCUUCUGCAUGGACCAUCCUUCUGCAUGGACUAUCCUUCUGUGUAGUCCAGAGGCAGCUAGCUAGCUAAUCUUAGCUGUUUGCUCGUUCUCCAGAACAAUCGUGUUAUUGUGGACAGCUGAAAGGCUUCCAUAGACAGAUCAGUCUUUAAUUAGUCUAUACAAA